AUGAGAGACCAGACAAAUACAACAGAGAAAACCCGAGUCAGUUUAUUUUAUCUCUUGAAAAAAUUCCCUUUACUUUCUUCAAUUCAUUAUGGCUUUGCUUUAUUCAGUGCUUAUGGUUCGACCCAGUUAAUAUUUGGUUAUUUAGGAGACGCUUUAAAAAAAGGAGGAGUAAAAACUCUAAAAAAUAAUGCGAGUAGUUUUUUGCUUCGUUUACUCGUUUACGGAGUAACUGUUUAUUUGCACGUUGCGAUUGGUAUUUGGCUCGAAGAACUUUAUACUUCUCAUUUACGAAAAAAAUUAACUAGAUUAUUUUUGUCCGCCGACUUCAAUCAAGCCCAAAAAGAAGGAUUUAUUCUAUCGCGUUUUGAUAGUGAUACGACCACGAUUGGAACGUUGGCUCAGGAAAACGAAGGAAAAAUGGGUAAUACCUUGAUGUUUGGCGGCCUUGGUGAUUUUGGCUGUUCUGGUAAUAAUAUAGUUUACCCCGAGACUUAUCAGGAGAACCUUCAUCGAGAAAAAUUAGAAGAAACAGCCCAAAAAUUAGGGAUUAGGGAGUUUAUUGACCACUUACCUUAUCGACAGAAUCUUUCGGCUGGACAAAAACAAUUAGUUAGUUUAAUGCGAGCCCUGGUUAGAGAUUAUGAAAUUUACCUUUUUGACGAAUUUUUGAGUAAUGUUAACCCCAACCUUAAAAAAAAUAUCCAAAAAAUUCUCUUUUCUGAAUUAAAAAACAAGACAGUUAUAGUUAUCAGCCACGAGAAAGAAAGAUGGGAUUGUGAAGAAGAAAUAUACGAGUUUACCUCACAAAAAUUAGUUAAGUUAAGAAUAGAAGGCGACCAAAACAAUAUUUUUCUGGAAAUUUUUCUUCCGGAAAUUGACCUAAUGAUAGGGGAAAACAAAGAAAAAAUAGAAGAAAUUGUGCAUGAGGUUAAAUCGCUGCUUGAUAACAGAAAAAUUAAACUCCGUAUCAAUCUACGAGAACCAGGUGAAAAAACAAACGUCGGUCAUGCUAGUUCUCCGCAGCAUGGUGAAAAAAAUAAUUUUGGAGCAAAAAAGAGGGCAUUCUCGACAAGUCGGGCAUUGCCCAAACCAAAAAAAGAAGUUGAGGAAAUUUCCCUUUUAGCACUAUUGAUAGCAACAUUGAACUCGGUCGGAAAGAGGUUAUCACCAGUCGGGGGAAAAUUGGUAUUAAAGUGGCUCUUUACAAAGGAAAAUUUUGACGAAAAAAGCAACGGCCAACUGUUACUCAAACGAUUUAAUUUUAACAUUAUGGUUGUUGAAAGAACUCUGGCUAUCAUCAAACCCGACAUAACACAAAAAAAUUUGAUUGGUGAGAUUAUUAGCAUUUGGGAAAAAAGGGGAUUGCGACUGGUAGAAAUGAAAAUGACCCGCUUGUCUCAACACCAAGCCACACUUUUUUACGCGGAGCACCGCGAAAAAGUUUUUUUUUAUGAGUUGGUAGAUUUUAUGUGUAGUGCUCCGGUAGUAAUUGUUUGUUUGGAAGGAGAAAAUGCCAUCCAACUUAACCGAGAAAUUAUGGGGGCGACUAAUCCGGCUCUGGCUCAAAAAGACACGAUUAGGAAAAUUUUCGGAACGAGCGUUACGGCUAAUGCCGUUCAUGGCUCUGAUAAAAAUCCUUUCUGGCUAGAAGGAAAAACUUUGUCUGAAUUAUUAAAAAAGUUAGAACACGAAAUAGGACAACUUAACGGAGGGAUUUUUCCUGAAAAAAACCAGAUUAAACUUUUUUCUGCCUGGUUGAAGGAAAUGAGGGAAAAUUCCGAGCCAACUCUUCUUACUUCUGGUCUGCCAACCAGAGAAGAAAAGAAUUACGAAAAUUCACUCCAAACACCAAACAGGCCUAAGCCAAAAGCCAAUAAUAAGCGAGAUAAUAACCAAAAAAAAAAAAAAAACGAUAUCGAAUUAACUUAUUUCGGCAACGACCAAUAUUCUUCCGAUGAGGAGAUAGAAACA